CCAGUUUCUCCUCUCUCCACCUCCUCUCAUUUUGGUGGCGGGGAAGGACGGGAGUGAAAAUCUCUACUUCUCAUCUGCAGUCGCUUCAGCAGUGAGAGACUCCUGGAGGAAUUUCGGUCGGGAAAUAGAUACAAACACCUGCACCUGUGCCGAGGCUUCUUCGAGAAGAGACGCCGAUUAAUUUCUGCAAAACCAAGCCGAGAAGUCUAAACAUGAAGCUGGAUGUGCCUCUGCGUGCGCUGCUGUGCGCCAUCUGUUUCUUUGUCCUGCUAUCGCCCUCUACUUCCCUCCAUGAGCCUGCUUGCCUCUUCUCAGAUGAUUCGAAGCUUCUCCAUGUAACCAUCCCAGCCACCCAACCUGUGUUUGCGGUGCUUGGUGGCUCUCUGACUUUACCCUGCCUGGUGUCUCUGGCACACCCGCCGCCAUCCCCCUCUACCAAUGGUCGCCACGCUGUGCUGUCUGUCCCCCGGAUUAAAUGGAGUAUCCUGAAUCAUGGCAUGGAGACAGAGAUCCUGGUGGCCCGUGGUGACAGAGUGAGGGUCAGUGAGGCCUACAAGGAACGGGCCUCUCUGUUCAACUAUGCCUACUCCCCCGCUGACCUCACCCUGCGUCUUGAGAGCGUGAGGCAGAAUGACACUGGUUUUUACCGCUGUGAGGUGCAGCAAGGUCUCGAGGAUGCUAAUGAUGUUGUGCAGGUCAAGGUCAAAGGUGUGGUGUUUCACUACCGCGAUGCAUCCAGCCGCUACGCUUUUACCUUUGAGCAGGCUAAAGAGGCUUGUGAGGACAUCGGGGCUGACAUCGCUACCCCAGAGCAGCUACUUGCUUCUUAUAACAGCGGAUAUGAGCAGUGCGAUGCAGGCUGGCUCUCAGACCACUCUGUGAGAUACCCCAUUCAGAUGCCAAGAGAGGGCUGUUUUGGAGACAUGGAUGGCUUGCCAGGAGUGAGGAACUAUGGACUAUUAGAGCCCGAUGAGCUAUAUGACGUGUACUGCUAUGUGGAGAAUAUUCAUGGUGAGGUGUUCCAUGGCUCCACCCCCCAGCGUUUCACCUUUGGUGAGGCAAAGGCCUACUGUCUCAGUCAUGGUGCAGAGUUGGCCACCACUGCUCAGCUUUAUGCAGCUUGGAAUGACGGACUAAAUCACUGCAGCCCAGGGUGGCUGGCAGACGGGAGUGUGCGGUACCCCAUUGUCACCCCUAGAGAGCGCUGUGGAGGUGGUGAACCUGGGGUCAGAACCGUUUACAGAUACAGCAACCAGACGGGCUUUCCUGAGACCCACUCUCGACAUGAUGUCUACUGCUUCAGAAGUGAUAAUGGCCCCUACACAGAUUCUCCCCAGGUUUUAGCCACUGAGCCAGAGGAUAUUGGCCAAGAUAUUGUUUUUGUAACUACGUCCUCGCAGGAGGAUGUCAGCAAAAGUGAAGCAAUGACAGAUGGAGUUGCCCAGACUACAAAUCCAAUAAAGCAGGGUACUGUCGAUGCUCACACAGUGACAAUAUCACAAUUGACAGCAGACAUUCCUCAGACUGCAACUCCUCUGUCUGAUCACCAAGAGCACAUGUCCACCAAUGACACUUGGGAACUGGUAAAGAAAGCCAACUACCCUGAGUCCUAUCAGCCAGCACCCGAAGAGGAUCCAGACACAGAUCACGAGGAGUCGUAUAUAAUUUCAUCCCCUUCUCCAAACACAGAUAAUGUAGUUACAGUUGGUUAUUACUCCAUUAUACCCAUAACUGAUGUGGCAGAUCCAGAAAGUGGAGAACCCACAGAGCAUCAUAUUUCUAUGACUGAAAAUCCAGAUGUGCCAGUUAGUAAUGCCACAUCUGGAGCUGAUGAGGUGCAUCAAGAGUGGGAUUUACCUGUUUUGCAAAAGGACCACACUCCAUAUGUCCCUGAGGAAAAUGCCUCAGUGACUGAGCUUGUCUAUGUGAGCACCUCUUAUGAUGCUUCAGAACAGCCAGAAGAAGCCAGCACUGGUACUAUUGAGGAGAUAUCAGUGGCAAUGACUUCACUCCACACUGAGGUAACAGAUGUUCUUGCCACUUCACCGAUGCCAGCUUUUGCUUUUGAUAAAAGUACAGCUGAUGAUUCUCCAGAUGAAGAACAGGAGCAUUCUGUGACAGUCGAUUUGGACACCACUGCCAUAACCAAAGUGGUCACUAAGUCAAACCUUGAUUCAAGUUACGAUCCUACUCAAGCCCACUCAGAUGUAACGGAGUCCUCCAUCCCAAUUGAGCAUAGCGCUGAGGAAUUGAGUAGCACUUCAGGAGACGUGGCAACAGAUGAUCUGGCAGAGCAGAGUGGACACAACCCUCCAACUGUAAUCUCAACUGCGGAGGUCAUCACUUUCUCAGACGACACAGGCCUCAGCAUCGACGCUCCUGUUCUAAAAAACCAACCUGUCUUAUUGUUGGGAUCCCCAAUCUCUGCAACCUUAUCUCCUCCUCCUGUUGAAGUUGAAGCCAGUUCAGAGAUAAUAACCUACAUACCAGAAAGCAACGUUUCAUCUGGGGCUGAGCCAUUGGACGACAUUCAGGAUAAACCCGAAAUGGAGGGAUUAGGAGACAGCUCCGUGAUUAUCCUCCAUACAGCCCAAAAUAUCACAAAUAUUGCACCAGAGGAGACCGAUAAAGAUGUCACAGAAGGACCAGGUAAAUCGUCAGGAGAAAACCCAGAAAACUCAGGGGACACCAAUUCAGAAGGAGUUAAUGGUGAUGCUGGCACGAAUGCACCUCAUUCAGAGAUAAAAAUCACUCUGAUCCCUCAUUUAACACUCACACCCAAUUGGGAACCUGAGCUUUCUCCUGCCACACCACAGGAGUCUCGGUCUGAUCGAGAAUAUAGCGCUGAGCCUGCUGCUGCUCCUGAGGAAACUGAUGAUGCUUCUAACGAGCAAGAGAUCAACACCGGGACCAUUAAUGCAGAACAUGGAUCCCAUGGUAGUAUGGAGGUGACCGGCACAGACGAGCCUUCAGUUAAAAUAUGCACAUGGCGUCCUGAAGAGGAGGAGAUCUCCAGCUCAGCACUGACCACAGACAACAGUGAUAUGACUAUCAUUGCUCCCACCAUAUACCCUGUGUAUUUUGAAGGGAACGAGCAGACUGCCAUGGCUGCCUCCCUGCCUGCUGCCAAAGUUUCAGCUGCAGGAAAAGGAGGCUUUUCAGACUCCUGCUUGGAGAAUCCCUGUUUGAAUGGAGGCACUUGUGUUGACGGUGAAUCGUUAAGAUGCUUUUGUCUACCUGGUUAUGGAGGAGACUUUUGCCAGAAAGACCUGGAGAUGUGUGAGCCAGGCUGGGAGAAAUUUCAAGGAUAUUGUUAUCGUCAUUUUAGCAAGCGGCAGAGCUGGGAGGCAGCUGAGCAGCACUGUCGGAUGUGCGGCGGGCAUCUGCUCUCUGUCAUGACUCCUGAGGAGCAGGACUACAUCAAUGAAAAAUACAGAGAAUAUCAGUGGAUUGGACUAAAUGACAGAACCAUUGAGGGAGAUUUCCGCUGGUCAGAUGGAAACCCACUGCUCUAUGAAAACUGGUACAAAGGGCAGCCUGACAGCUACUUCCUGUCUGGUGAGGACUGUGCGGUGAUGGUGUGGCAUGAUGGAGGCCGCUGGAGCGACGUGCCAUGCAACUACCACUUGUCAUACACCUGCAAGAAGGGCGUCACCUCCUGUGGUGAGCCCCCCCAUGUUCCCCAUGCCAAGGUGUUUGGGAAAAAGCGGUUGCGUUACGAGACAAACACCAAAGUGCGAUACUACUGUGAAGAGGAUUUUGUCCAGAAAAUGAAUCCUGUCAUUAAAUGCCUGCCAGGUGGCCAGUGGGAAGAGCCUCAAAUUACCUGCAUGCCAACUCAUUCAGAAGAAGAGGACCUAGUUACCGUACAUGCUGAGCAGCGCGAGGAGGCCAUGGGUACAGCCACAGAGAAAGCAGCCCCGCUCUACUGGGACAUUAACUGGAAUGUUUAAAGCCACCCUGCCUUAUUUAAAGCAAAAAUCAAACAUUCCUUCUCCUGUUUUCACACUUUUCUUGUUUCUUAUAAGUUAGUCCUGCCCAGUUUCUGCAUUAAAUUGCCCCGAAUAAAACAAGUUGCUCAUUUUAACAUCAUCUCAAGGUUACAGUUCCUGCAAUAAUGGACAAUUCUGGAAAAGUGCUCUAAUCUAAAUAUGCGUUUUACAGUGUUGACCAAAGCGUGUCUAAAAUGUUUGUGAAAUCAAGGAAAAUCUGUUCAUAUUGUUUAAAAAUGCAGUUCGAUCUAGACAUGCAUGGAAAAAAAUAUGAUUCCCAGAAUAAUUUUCCAGUGAACCUUAUCAAAAGAUAAAGUAGGAUCCAACACGCAUUUUGGAUCAGUAGACGACACUUUGGUGCAACAAUCAUCCGCCUCCUUUUUUGAAUAAAUGGGUUUCUGUUUAAAAAGAAAAAAAAAAUCUAUUUUUUGCUAGCGUAUGUAUGGAAGAAAUACAUUCUUACUUUUAAUACAGAAGGACAACUUUUAAGCAGGUGGACAACUUUUAUACAAAUCAAUUAGAAUCAGUUAGAAGAUGAGAGAUCUGUUGUAUAAUUAGAACAAUAAUUGUAGAUUAUGGAAACAAUUAGGUCUUGCGUAUCUAUGUAUGAUGAUUAGCCUGUAAUACCUGAAAUACACCAAAUCAAAUGGAAACCAAGUACCAAGUAGAUGAUAUAGAAAGAUUUUUUUUGACCCAAGCUGUUAAUACGAUAUGGGCGGCUAAGAGAUCAAGGAAUAUUUAUGAACCAGUAACUGUAGCCAGUUAUGACUUAGUAACACUGUUACUGAUGUAACUUACUUUCACAAUCAGCCGUUCUGUAGCUGGCCUUUGUUGUGUUUUAGGUGACGAUAGCAGACAUUGAAAUCAACCUGUUGACAAUGUUGAAUUCUUGAAUUUGACUGCUGCUACCACACACUGUAAUUUUAACAUAUUUGUAACAAACUGCUGUUCAUGAUAGUUUGAUGAGUUUCUGAUAGGUGUUAAAUGUAGCAAAGUGUGAAUUGAUUGUCAGCAUCAGCUGGUCUGACAUUCACUAAAAUCUGUUGUUCUUACA